AUGUUGUUAAUCACACAGUGGGUUUUCCUUCUCUGUUCAUUUGCAGUGAAGUCUUCCUCGGCCAAUCUUGCUGCAGACCAUUCGUUUUUUUCUCCUCUUGACGAAAACCAAAAUGUCAAGCUGUACUGGAAUGUGAGCAUUGCAAAAAAGGAAAUUAUCUUCACUGUUGAGGCGAAGGCGACAGGAUGGGUAGGAUUUGGCAUCUCCAGCGGUCAAGGCAAAAUGCAAGGAGCAGAUAUUGUAAUAGGAUGGGUGAAAGACGGACAGACGUACUUCAAGGCAAGUAAAACUGUCUCAGUCCAAGUCAUGUAGAAUGAUUCGGCUACUUAUAGGUAGGCACACAUCGAGUUUACAGAGAUAUUUUACCCAACAGUAAUCAUUUGAAUUCUUAACAGUCCUAGCAACUGAAAUUGUACGCCAAUCUAAUCACUUUGCAUGGAUUGUUCAGCAAAAACGAGCGCGCACUAUCACUGGUAUACAAGCUCAAUAUAGCCAUAAAACAGUGUUCAGUAUAAUGAACUCUAGCCCUUAGCUUCUUAAUAAUUUAUCCUUAAUUCCUCAUUGUGCUCAUAUUUGGGGGAAUUAAGUAAAAAAAAAAAAAAACUCACUAACCCACUAAAAGAUAGCUUGUAACUUUAUUCUCUUAAGCCCCAAAUAUACCAUUGAAGUCUGGUUCUGCUGUGAUCACAGGCUUCACCGUAACGGAGUGAUUAAAGCUUAAACCAUGAAACAAAUCCAAUGCUGAGUCAUCGCUAAUUAAAGUCGAAAGAAAACAAAAGGGUUAGUUGUCUCGUGCCUAAUUUCCAUUUAAUAAUAAUAAUAAUAAUAACAAUAGUAAUAAUAAUAAUGAUGAUUUAGAGGUUCAUUAAUUGAAAAUAAAGACACUCUUUGAUCUGCUAAUUUCAAAUAACUACUUAGUUUAGCCAGCGACUACUAUAGCGUUGUAUAAAUACACAUAAACAACUAAUUCAUUCAUGAUACAUACAAUACAAUUAUGAAGACUGUAGCAGUGAAAUAAAGCAAGCAUGACUGACUUACAGCCACCGCCGCUCAGCUAGGAAUAUAAUAGACCAUGUUUUUUAAUAUUGACGUUCUUGGUGCGGUUUAUGAAAACUCCAUUUUAGGGCAUAUCGAGCAAGCCAUCAUAAAUGUACUCGAUCGGCGUACGCAAAAAGUUUUGAAAAAUGCUUGGUUGGUGAAUAUUUAAUAUAUACACACUCAGUGUUCUUGGUAUUUAAAUCAAUCGGAUUGGCUCGCUACCUCGGACUAUUAAGCAAUUAUUUAAUGAGGCUUAGUAUGAUGUGAAGAAUUGCAUGAAGUUAAUUUAUGACAACGGAAAAUGAAAGCAAACGUUUGCGUGAAUUCUUCUUUGCAAGUAUUAAAACAGGAAAAAGAAUAGUACAAAAAACGUUGCCUGACCUCGAGGAAACGGUCCGCUACUGUCAGCACUUGAGAAAGAAACCUUUUUCACUAUCUUGGUAAGUUGACAAAAAAAAAAAAUUAAAACAAGGCUCUACUUCGUCUCAGGAAGAAAGCAAUUUAAACUUUUGACUCCUUCAUUUAAAACUAUCACGCUAUUGUUUGCGAAAGGAUUGAAAGUGCGAUUUGCUUUGUUUGUUUAAGAGUGUCUAAUUGUCACGGGUCGCGGGUCCAGAAAAUUGUCGCGGGUUCAAAAAUAAGCGGAUCUUUAAUUGUUUUGACUGAAUAACAAAUUUUAAGAUUAUUCUAACUGAUGACACUGAUUCAAAUUGUAAUUGAUAAAAUUUUGUAUACGUUCAUUCCUAUCUUUUGUAGACUAAUUAUAGGUCAACAAAAUUACAAACUGGAGAACCAUUAUCUUUGAAAGCAAUUGUGACAGCUCUGAUUCUAGCUGGUGGUUUUAAAUUGGUCCAAUGUGGUACCUAAUUUAUGCUUUGUUUUUGCGGACAAAAAUAAAACCUCGUUUCUGUGACGAAAUUUUGUUCUUAAGGAACAUAAAGCCCUUUAAUGGUGACAGUAACUUCAUCGUCAUUUUGUACUUUUCUACAAGUCUGGCAUCUUGGUACUUAUCCUCUUUGCUUUUUCAUUUUUUCUAAAGUCCAGACCUGUUCGUUUUUAUUUCGAGGGUCAUUUAAAAGAAGAUCCUGUAUUAUUUCUCUACUAGUUUUUUUCUGUGGCCUUUUUAAAUGCAAGGCUCUGCGGUAUGACUUUUGCCCACGUAAUGUUUACUAUUGCUACAUGCAUGCAUAUUUUUACUCAUGAAUUGAACCGUCAAUCACAAUAAUAGAGGUUUAAUGGUUCUCAUUCUGAUUCCGUUGAGAUCCCAAAUUAGAAACCACAAAAGUUAAGGGCCACACUAACCACAUUGAGCUGGUCAAAAUCUCAUGCAGUAGACUCUUGUGAUAAAUAUUUUCAAGUGCAUUACACUCCUGAAUUACAAACGUGUUACGUGUAAACAAGAGAUUCCUUCUAGAACUGGUAUAUUUGCUUGUAACCGGUCCUAUCCUUCUCUCUUGACGCGUAAAAAGGUCCUUAAAAACACUGUUGAACUUUUAGCCUUUUGAUUUAUGACUAUAAUGCGAAAUUUAACAGCGUCCACUGGACUAUUUCGGGUGGAAAUUGAAUUCAAUUUUUCACUUUCAUGGUUAAUAAAUUGUGUUCAGAGUUGUCAGUCAGGCGUGAGAAAAUGUCUUGUAUGUGAGUGAUCGAUGGUUUCGAUUCCGUUGGAGUGUGACUCACCCAUUAAGACCCUGUUUACAUGGAGUGGGGGACCCUGGUCUAGUGGGGUAAGUUUCUUUUGCUUUGUGUCCCGCAGAGCGUGAAAACAAAAGAAACCAACCCCACUAGACCUGGGUCCCCCACUCCAUGUAAACAGGCCCUAAGUCGGCAUGUGAGUUGGCAGGUCACGUCGGAAUGACCUAUGCACUCAUACAACCUACAAACCUGCAUGAAUCUGAAAACGCUUUUGUCGCACCCUACAGGAUCGACAUGCAGAUGGUCGCGUGAUGCCAAAAAUCGAUUCGCAGCAGGAUUGCGAGUUGAUAUCUCUUGAGGAAGACAAUGGAAAAACCACAAUGAAAUUUAAAAGAAAACUGGACACAUGCGAUCCUCAAGACAAUAAAAUUGAGGUACGUGCAUACUAGACAUUUGUCAGCUUCUUAACGAUUAAUGUUAAAAUUUAAUUGUAUAAACCAAAAUUUCAAUAAAAGAGAUUUAAAAGCCGUGACGUGCGCGUUGCCCUGAAUCUUUACAGGGCGGCAUAUUUGGUUUAUCGCAUGUGUAUUAUUUAAGACCCUUAACCCUUUUCGGACGGCUAGGGUCGUAUACGACCCAUGUAAAAAGAUGUUAAUACAUUUCGCCCUCACUUUAAGUCAACAACGUCAGAAAAGAUAUAUCUUUCUAGCGAUACCUCGUUUUGGAUAUUUUGACCAAUCCUGACAUAGUUACACUCACAAAAAAAGGUAACAUCUUGGGGAAAAUUUCACUGCCAAUUUCGCUGCUUACAUACUACUCUUUGAAAAUUAAAUUUGUCCCUUUCCUAAAAAGCUAGCAAGCCACAAUUCCAUGCAAAAGAAAGACGAUAAAGUGGGCAACAAAACCACCGAUAAAAAAAAGAAAAGAAGGAAAAAAAGAGAGCGAGAGAGAAAGAUUGAAAUGGAUUCGCAAAAAAGGUCCACAUUUUGGCUUUUGCGCAUGCGUGAAAAACCAAAAAGAUCUUUAAUUACGCCAGGUCAGUCAGAAAAUAACCUUUUUUCUUGCAAAACUCGUUUUUAUCCAUUCUUAUGCUAAUUAACCGAAAACCAGUCCAAAGAAGAGGAAUUGGUCAAAAAUAAGUUUUUUUCGCUACUCACCGGCCGUCGCCAAAGGGUUAAAGACGACAAAUAGAUUAGAUAAAUAAUUAGAAAGCAGGCGAUGCGAAUUUUGAACGUGGGCGUCUCUAAACCUAGUUUUUUACUUCCUCAACAAGUUUCGUACGCUAACAGUGAUUCCUUCUCCUUAGCCACUAAACCUGAUAAACUGACAGUGACGCUGCUGUUUACUAAGUGAUUAGAAUGGUGGCUGAGACUUUGACAACACUUUCAAUUUUCAGGCAGGUACAAUGAAAGUGAUCUAUGCUUACCACCCAGAAGAUCCAGUCUCAGAAAAUUCCAUUCUACAACACAGCCUUGGAAACCGUGGGCAAAGGAGUGUGUAUCUGCUAAACAACGCCAACAAAGAACCAACUCUGCCACCUGAUACUAAAACCUUUGAUAUAAGGCACAAUAUGGUAAUACUUUGUGUCGUUUUAGUUUUAUUCAGAAUAGCGUGGUAAACUUUUCAUAAAGAAAGCGUGAAAAAAUUGAAGAUAAGAAUAGGCUGUUUAACGACGUUUAAAUAUUACCUAAAGGUGGCUCCGACACAGUUUCUCUGAGAUAGAGUUGCAGACUCUAGGAAAUUUCCCUGACGCAAUUCUUUUCGGGCGCACAAAAGUCUGACGUGAUGUAAAGAGUAAUAAAAACUAGAAAUACUUAAUUCCUUUACUGUUAACCCCUUUACCAUAAGAAUAUUUGCAUUCAAUGAGCUUUUCAAGAAAAAAAUGUGAGGACAAGCUCAUAAAAAUGCCCAGAAGUUGUCAGUCGAAAUCUAUUCUGUUUUCGUCGCUUUUGUCAUAACGCACGAGUGAUCUCAGCGCGCAAACAUGGGUUAUCUGAGUUUUAAAGAUAUACAUUAUUAUUGUUUUGUCUUUUAGACUGUCAUUCCUAAAGAUGGAACUAGCUACAUUUGUAAAGUAUUUGAAAUCCCUAAACUCAAUGAAACCCAUCAUAUCGUUAAGGUGAGAUUCUACGCGAAAUGAAGGAGAAGGAAAAUGAUAAUAAUAACAACAACAACAAUAUUGAUAAUAAUAAUAAUGAUGAUGAUAAUAAUAAUAAUAAGGGUUUAUUACAAAUCACGAGCUAGGACCCUACUGUGGAUUACUGUGUUUACAAAAUAAGGUAAAGGUAAUGAUAUUCGACUACAAACUGCAAAAUAUACAAUCCGUUGACUUACUUUGAUUUGUAAACUUAGAUUGAACCUGUCAUUCAAGCGGGCCACGAGGGUGUGGCUCACCACAUACUGGUGUACGAUUGCAGUGAUAACUUUCCAAAGCACCUAUUGAACUAUACUGGUAGAUGUUAUGCUUCCAACAUGCCUCCUCAAAUUAGAGAAUGUACUGGACUCUUAACCAUUGCUGGCUGGGCUAUAGGUGGUAAAGUAAGUAGCUAUAUAAUGACUGAUGAUAAAAUAUUAAUAUUAAAGACUUAGAUGCGGCGAUCAUGUUUUCAACGAAUGUUACGAAUAAACAAACAGAAAACAAUAAACAGACAAAUUGUUUCGAAAACCCAUAAGUUUACCGUUAAAAGCAAUUCACGUAACACUGACUGGAUCGUCAGAAUCCAUUUCCACAAGUAAAAUCGGCUGAGCACAUGAGACAAUUAACACUAAAAUGAUCUGUCUCAGAUCGGGCGCAUUUCCCAAUUUUUCUUGAAAACUCUAUCAAAAAUAUAUAAAACCUCUAUGAAACAUUUAUAAAUACAUAAAUUUCCUUUCAUCAUCUUACUUUCCUUGAGCAUAAUGUGUAAAUUGAAAGUUUUAAAUUACCUGAAAAUUUUGUUAAACGGUUGCUUACUUGAUCGCAGUUCAGAAAAGGACAAGCGCUCCGCCGUGAAAGAAACAGGGUCGAAGUCCUCGAAGGUAAAAUUUCGCAGCUUAAGACUUUUCUGUGUCCCCCAAAAGAAAGAAAAAAAAACUUUUACAUGUCGCACGUCUAAUCAAAACUGCCAUACGUGUGUUCGCGUACCGUUCUGAAUAAAUUAAAAAAUCUACACUCACACACACAAAAAAGAUUCCUUUCCGACUUCGUCGGCGCCGUAUGCAACGUUUCUGCAAAGCUUGCCAUAUCAUUUUGUUUGUAGUCACCAUGCUGGUUUUGCUGAAUGAGAACAGAAGUUGCAGAUAACUGGUUUGUCGAGGCAGAUAAGUUUGCAGCUAGUAGCCUGAGGAUCGAUGAUCUUUGUUGGUCAAAGAGGCGGCAAACACAUUUUGCUGAUUUCGGCGAGAGGCUUUGCGAUAUCGUGAAGGAAUGUAAACAUCCUUGUCUUAUUUCGUCGUUGGUCGAUGUUUUCAAGCCAUACCGCUUAUAACUUUGUGGCUCUUUAUGUUUUCCCAGGGUUGCAUUUUAUUAUUUGCAUAAUUACCUUAUCUUUUUUUCUACGAAACGAUUUCUUUCGGUUGUAGACAUACACGUAUAAGCGUUGCAAGCUCAAAGCUUGAAUUCUCUGAUUCCAUAUUUGGGCAAAAUAAUUUCCCGCCCUUCUGAUUGGACGGGUGCGUCGGCUAAAAAACCCGAGCAUGGUUCUAAACAGACAAGGGGAAUUUAGAUACUUCGGGGUUAUAUGCUUCUGGUAAUAUACAACGUAGAAGAAUAAUAACAGUGAGCAGAUACUCACUGUCAUUAGCCAUCAGAAAGCUCAAGGCUUGUACAAAAAAGUCCCCCCCCCCCAUUUGAUCACUGGUUGAAAUAAUUUAGGACUGGGAGACAGAAGGAUACAACAGACUUCAGUCUGUUUCAAAGGUACGAGAAGGAAAGUUAUGAAGAUGCAUUUAAAAUAUUAAGCAAAACUUCUUUAUUUUAUUUAUUUUAUUUACCAAUUAGGUCUGUCGCUCAAUACUGAGCAUUUUAGACCGCUUUAAGAAUGAAAACAAAAGUGUCUGAAAUGACGCUUUUAAGCGCAAAGUAAUGAAGUAUUAAUAAAUGUUUAAAAUUGCAUUUUUAAAAGCAGUCAGUGAAUUGGGCAAUGCUGUUUCCCUUGGGAGUUGAUUCCAUUCUGUAGUUGUCUUUGGUAGAAGGGAUACUUGGGCUGUCGGCUAUGUGUAAGAGUAAUCUUUGGAGCGAGUUAAGUACGAAUGACCAGUCGAUUGUAGUUUGGCAUCUCAGUGAGAGACUAGCCUGUAUCGCAUUUUAUACAACAUGCUAUGGUUCGCUUAUGGUUGGUUCGCGUGCCAUGGUUCGCCUACUUUUUAGUGUCUUCCAAUUUAGGGUUGAAAGCAUUUCGAUGGCAGUAUCUGUCGAAGCGAUUUAAAACAAAGCGUGCAGCUCUCGUUUGGACCAUCUCAACUGUGUUACUUGUGUUUUUAGCUGUAGUGGAUCCCACACAGACGAACAGUAUUCCAGAGUUGGGCGUACUAGGGCCUGUAUGCCGUUUCCUUAGUCCUAGGUCACAGGGCAAUGUAAAUCCGCUUUAGAAAGUCUAGAGUUUUGUUGGCUUUGUUGGAGAUGGUUUUUAUAUGUUCGUUCCAACGGAUGUCGUCAGAUUAUAGGUAGACACCAAGCCGGUAUUUGUCAGAAUGCAGUAAUUCCAAGACUUGUCCUUUAAGCUUAUAGACAUGAACAUAUGUAUUACACUUUCUCGUGAUGCGUAAAACGUUACACUUGAAGUAUUGAACCCCAUCUUUCAAUCAGAUUCCCACUUUUCCAGAUUAAGGAGACCUUCAAGUUGUAACUGGAUACAACGAUCCGUGGAUUUGAUGGCUAAAUAGAUCAUGGUAUCGUCUGCGAGGAGACGAAAUUUAGAUUUCACAUACUUGGAAAGAAUAAAAUGGGACCUUAAACGGAGCCCUGUGGGACUGCCGAUGACACUAGAACUUGAACAGACAUUGCUCAUUCAAGAACGACCCGUUGUUUCCUAUUUGAUAGAAAGCUCUUUAACCAAGUUAAGGCAACGUUCUUGAUUCCGUAGUUUGACAGUUUGUAGAGCAGUUCCUGGUGCGGCACUUUAUCAAAUGCCUUUGAGAAGUCCGUUACUAUAACAUCCGAUUGUCCACCAUUUUGCAUUUCCUUGGGCAAGUCAUCCGCCAAUGCGAUUAGCUGGGUUUCGCAUGAGUGACCUUCAAGAAAUCCGUGCUGGAGGUUGCUUAGUAUUUGGUGUUGGUCAAAUUGAUGCAUAAUGUUGGAUACCAUGAUAUGCUCCAUAGUUCUACUGCAAAUACAGGUUAAUGAAAAAGGCCUGUAGUUUUCAGUAAUCUGUUUUGAUCUUUUGUUGAAAAGUGGCGUGACAUUUGCAGACUUCCAGUCCGAUGGGACAACACCAGACUCUAAUGAGGCCUUUAAGAUUCUACAUAAGGCUGGAGCGAUAGAUGAGCUUAACUCUUUUAAGACUUGGGGGUGUAAGUUAUCAGUACCGGGAGAUUUGUGUGGAUUUAGCUUGAUUAGUAGUUUUCUGAUUCCAUUUAUCGUGAUAGCAAUAGAGGGCAUUAUUCGAAGGCUGGUUUGAUCUGCAAAUAGAUUUCUCACUGAAGCGUUAACUCCGUGCUUGAUUUAUCCCCCUGGACUCAGGAAAGAUACUCUUAAAGUGUGUGUUUAACAAUUCUGCUUUAUCUUUCGCCUCAGAUAGGACAGAGUUCCCGCAUUUGACUGUUGGGAUUGCCCUCAUAUCAGUACGGGAAUGCUUAAUAAAAGGCAAAAAGCGUUUGCCAAGUACGGAUAUUCCCCUCUAUCGCUAUCACUGAAUAUAAUGUUAACAUAAGUCCAGUAAGAUUGGCGAAUCCUCCUUUGAACUCUACGCCUAAUAUAAGGGACUUGUGAUGUUGAGUAUCUCUAGAUUUGUAAGAUUCGUUUUUCAUUUUGAAGUAUUUGUCAAGUUUUCGUAUUAGUUUCUUUGGCUCAGAGUUACUGGUAAGUGGUUCUUUUGCUUUGCAAUUUUGGAUGGAAUAGAUUUUUCAAUGCCCGAAUUAAGUAACUGAACAAAUGACUUCCAGCGUGACUCAACGUCCACACUGGCUUCGCAGUCCAUUGUCUCCUGUUCAGCAUGAACACUAUAAGAGCCUUCCAUGUGAGCUCUAAGGCCAUCCCAGUCAGCUCUUUUCAAAAGGUAGAUCUUUCUUCGUGUGUGUUUGUUGACGAUUGGGGAAAUAUUGCCUUCCACAAGAACAACAUCGCGAUCUGCUAAAUCAGGUAGAACUUUAACAUUCCGGAACAGGGAUGGAUUAUUGCAAAGGGACAAGUACAAGGUGUUGUUUGGCAGUGAUGGUUGAGUAACAAGUUGUGUGAGGCCGUUGUCGUCCAUCAUAUCUAGGAAGUGUUCAUGCAAUGUUGGAGAAUUACAAUUUUGCUUAAUAGUGUGCCAGUUGACCAGUCAAGGCCACGUUGAUUAAAGUCACCAGCUAGCCAGAGAUGGCAUUUUUCAUGACUUAUCCUGUUUAGGGAUUCAUUUAGAUGCUCUAGGCUAACUUCCUCACUGACAUUAGGACAGUAAUAUGAGCAAAUACAGUCGAACCUCUUUAAUACGGACACCGAAGGGACAGAGCGAAGUGUCCGUAUUAGAGAGGUGUACGUAUUAGAGAGGUCACUGUGAUGACAACACUUUUUGUACGGAGAUGAUCAUUGUGUGUAAAUUUCAUGACCCUAGCAUUAUUGGUUCCAGAGAUACAGAGGGGGGGUCCGAGGUGCCCCCCCUAGUCAUAGAUUGACCAAAAAAGCCCAGUCUGAAUAGGGUUAAAGCACGGCACGUAAAGCACUUUUUUGUAAAUUCUGUUCAAGAUGAUCAAACUGUAUUGCAGUUAUACGUUAGUAAGGAUAUAAUUAUCAGGCUAUAAUAAAUGGAAUAAUUUGGUGCUGGUAGACAAAAUAUACCGUGACGUAAUUUAUUCCGACAGAUUUUUGCUAUUUUGCCGCAGAUAAAAUUUGUGUUUGAUUUCCAGCUAAAGAUUUUCGUAAUACACUUAGAAAUUUAGUUUUCUGUUUUUGUUUAGGUUGCUCAUUAUCAAAAAGAGAGAUAUAUGGCUCGAUAAUUUUUCUUUUGCCAAGGUUUAAAUCUGAUAAACUGGUCUCCUUAAUAUUGACUGAUAAUUAUUUAUUUGCCUUUCUCCACGUAGCAAUGCUAUCAAGCACUAUAUCUGUUUUAUGACCUCGUGCGCAUCGAUUACCAUAGCCGAAGCCAUCGAAUAAGUUUGGGAAUAUUCUUAUUCUUGAACGGAGUCAUAUUUGUUAUUUUGUAAGCAAAAUAAAUGCUUUCAUCGGUUUUCCUUUUAAUAUACAACUUGUAUGUAGGCAGAUGUGGUGGGGAGAAUCUCAGGGAACUCCGAUACCUAGGGCUAAUGGAUCAGCAUUUAAGCAUUUUCUCAGCUUAAGUACCUGUGCUUGAUUACCCUGCGUUCACCAGACUCGUGUAGGUAGACGGAUACAAGAAAGAUAGAAGCAGUUUUAGAAAAAAAGGUAAACAGGGUAAAAGCUUCAAAGCUGUUAAAAAUAUUGAUUCCAUACUAGUAUUCUAUUUUUUAAAGGCAUUCUAUUACCCGGAACACGUUGGAUUCGCCAUUGGAAAAGCAGAUAGUCCAAAGGUUGUCUUCCUCGAAGUCCACUAUGACAACCCUCAACAUUUGGAAGGUACUGAAAACUUGGUAAUGGGUUCAUCAUAACCGUCACGAAUAUAGACACAUUCCAAUAUGACCACUUUGCCCACUAUGAUAAGCUUGAUGUUUGGUGUAGUUGGAGUAAUUACAGUAAUGGGUGUAUUUGCUGUAGCUGGUGUAGUUAGAGUAGUUCGUGUAGUAUAUGUAGUUGCUGUAGUUACUGUAGGCUGUGCAGUUACUGUAGUUGCUGUAGGUAGGUGUAGUAUAUGUAGUUGCUGUAGUUCGUGUAUUAUAUAUAGUGGGUGUAGUUGCUGUAGUAUAUGUAGUUGGUGUAGUUGCUGUAGUAUAUGUAGCUGGUGUAGUAUCUGUAGUUGUUGUAGUUGGUGUAGUCGCUGUAGUUAGUGUGGUAGGUGUAGUUAGUGUAGUUGCUGUAGUUAUUGUAGUUGGUGUAGUAUGCGUAGUUGGUGUAGUUGAUGUAGUUAGUGUAGUUGAUGUAGUAUGUGUAGUAUGUGUAGUUGGUGUAGUUAGUGUGGUUGGUGUGGUAUAUGUAGUUGGUGUAGUUGCUGUAGUAUAUGUAGUUGCUGUAGUUGGUGUCGUUACUGUAGUUAGAGUAGUUAGUGUAGUUGCUGUAGUAUAUGUAGCUGGUGUAGUAUGUGUAGUUGUUGCAGUUGGUGUAGUUGCUCUAGUUGGUGUGGUAGGUGUAGUAAGUGUACUUGCUGUAGUUGCCGUAGUUAGUGUAGUUAGUGUAGUAUGUGGAGUUGGUGUAGUUUGUGUAGUUGAUGUAGUGAGUGAAGCAAGUGUGGUUGGUGUAGUAUAUGUAGUUGAUGAAGUAUAUGUAGUUGCUGUAGUUAGUGUAGUUGAUGUAGUAUUUGUAGUUGGUGUAGCUUGUGUAGUUAGUGUGUUUGGUGUAGUAUAUGUAGUUGGUGUAGUAAGUGUAGUUGGUGUAGUAUGUGUAGUUGGUGUAGUUUGGGUAGUCGUUGUAGUUUGUGUGGUCGGUGUAGUAUAUGUAGUUGGUGUAGUAUAUGUAGUUGGUGUAGUAUAUGUAGUUGGUGUAGUUUGUGUAGUUACUGUACAUAGUGUAGUUGGUGUAGUUAGGGUAGUUACAGUAGUUUGUGUAGUUGCUGUAGUUACUGUAGUUAUCGUACUUUGAGUAGUUGCUGUAGUUAGGGUAGCAUGUGCAGUUGCUGUAGUUUGUGUAGUUAGUGUAGUUGCUGUAGUAUGUGUAGUUAGUGUCGUUAGUGUAGUUGGUGUAGUAUGUGUAGUAUGUGUAGUGGCUGUAGUUGGUGUAGUUUGUAUGGUUAGCGUAGUAAUUUUUUUGUGUAAUUAGCGUAGUAUAUGUAGUUGUUGUAGUUGGUGUAGUUUGUGUAGUUACUGUAGUUAGUGUUGUUGGUGUAGUUGCGGUACUUCGUGUAGUUGGUGUAGUAUGCGUUGUUGGAGUAGCUACUGUAGUUACUGUAGUUUGUGUAGUUGCUGUAGUUACUGUAGUUGGUGUCGUUGACGUAGUUGCUUUAGUUAGUGUAGCUGGUGUAGUAUGUGUAGUUGGUGUAGUGUAUGUAGUUGGUGUAGUUAGUGUAGUUAAUGUAGUUGUUGUAGUUGCUGUAGUUGCUGUAGUUGGUGUAGUUGCUGUAGUUAGGGCAGUUGGUUUAGUAUAGUAGAAGAAAGUUGAUGACUUGCUGUAGUAUGAUAAGUUAAUGUUUGGUGUAGUUGGUGUAGUUAGUGUAGUUGAUGUGGUUGGUCUAGUUAGUGUUGUUGGUGUUGUUACUGUAGGUGCUGUAGUUCGUGUAGUUGGUGUAGUUAGUGUAGUUACUGUAGUUAGUGUAGUUGGUGUAGUUGCAGUACUUAGUGUAGUUGGUGUAGUUGGUCUAGUUAGUGUAGUAUGCGUAGUUGGAGUAGUUACUGUAGUUUGUGUAGUUGCUGUAGUUACUGUAGUCGGUGUAGUUGACGUAGUUGCUGUAGGUAGUGUAGCUGGUGUAGUAAGUGUAGUUGGUGUAGUUGCUGUAGUUAGUGUAGCUGGUAUAGUAUAUGUGGUUGCUGUAGUUAGAGCAGUUGGUUUAGUAUAGUAGAAGAAAGUUGAUGACUUGCUGUAGUAUGAUAAGUUAAUGUUUGGUGUAGUUGGUGUAGUUAGUGUAGUUGAUGUAGUUAGUGUAGUUGCUGUAGCUGGGGUGUAUUUAGUGUAGUUGGUGUAGUAUGUGUAGUUGGUGUAGUAUGUGUAGUUGCUGUAGUUACUAAAGUUUGUGUAGUUACUGUAGUUGGUGUAGUAUAUGUAGUUGGUGUAGUUAGUGUAGUUGGUGUAGUUGCUGUAAUUGCUGUAGUUGUAGUUCCUGUAGUUGCUGUAGCUACUAUAAUUUGUUUAGUUACUAUAGUUGUGUAGUUCGUGUAGUAGCUGUAGUCUCUGCAGUUACUGUAGUUGGUGUAGUUGGUGUAGUUAGUGUAGUUAGCGUAGUUGCUGUAGUUACUGUAGUUUGGCGUAGUUGGUGUACUUUGCUUUAGUUUGUGUAGUUUGGUGUAGUUGUUGUAGUUUUUGUAGUUAUACAAGAUUUAUUCUAACAGAUAUUAACCAAUAUUAGGUAUAUCCCAACUUACGUGAACACCAAAAAAACUAUUGUGUGUGUCAUCGGCGCUUUCUCUGUUUAAUAUAUAUAUAUUUUUUAUGAUGAAGGUGCUGUUGUUUGCUUAAUGAAAUUAUGUUGCUUUGUUAACUCGCUUAUUUUGAAAUAUUACCAUAAUUGAUUUACCUUGUUAUAAAGCUUACAAAGGGUAAAGUUAUUUUUAGAUUUCUUUUGCAUUAUGUUGGGUAGAUGAUCGCAGUAAUAAACACUUCAUCGGUAUAAUACCGUAAAGUUUCGGAAAGUAACGAUUGAGCCUCCCAAAAAAGCAACCCACAGAAAGUUGCGUUAGAUUUCACAGGUGUUAGCAAAACACCACCAUUAAUUUCCUACAGCAACUACAGUAACUACACCAAACUACAUCAACCUACACCAACUACACCAAAUUACACCAAACUACACCAUCUACACCAAACUACACCUACUACACCAUAUACACCAAACUACACAUACUACACAAAAGUACACCAGCCAGCUUUCUAGACGAACGGACGGGUGAGACGUAUUUUUCUGAGCUCCCCAUUUCUUUGAGUUCUAAACGUUCUAAAACAUGUCAGGUAAAUCAAAAAAAGGCCAAAAGAAGCCGUCAAAUCAAUCUGCUAAUCAGACGGCAGCAGAACAAGCGGAAUUAUCCGAAACCGAAGAAAGUGUGUCUUUCCGGGAUGGCAACGAAGCAAUAAACAUGGCCGCCGGUCUUCAGGAUUUUGAAGUAAUUCUGACAAGACGGUUGAAGGAGCAAUCUGAGUCUAUUCACGAUAUGAUGCUUAAGUACUUCAAGCUUUACAAAGAUGAUAUAGACGAAAUUAAACGAAGCCAAGCUUUUGUUGACGCCAAAUUCGAAAAGGCUAAGAAGGCAACUGAAGAUCUAACUUCGGAGAACCGAUGAAUGAUGUAAUCAACAAACCGAGCAGAAAAGCAGCUCUGCCAAAUUCCUUUUUCUCUGAUGGAAAACUGUUAAAUGAUCCACAAGAAAUAGCUAACUGCUUUUGUAAGUUCUUCACCAACAUAGGUCCGAAUUUAGCAAGGAAAAUUCCAGACACACAAGUAUCUUUUCGUAGUUUUCUUGGCGCUUCUGUUAAUGAGUCGCUUAUCUUAAAUCCAACUAAUAUUUCGGAACUAAAUCAAAUAUGCAACUCUUUUAAAUCUGGAAAGUCGCCUGGAUAUGAUAACGUUUCAAUGGAUAUAAUAAAAAGCACCUUUGAUCUCAUUUCUCAGCCUUUGGCCAAUGUAAUCAAUUUGUCUCUUAUUAAAGGAGUAUUUCCUGAUGAACUGAAAAUUGCUAAACUGAUUCCGGUAUUUAAAGCUGGUGAUUCCCAGUAUUUCACUAACUACCGUCCAAUUUCGCUUCUUUCUAAUUUUUCUAAAUUCUUUGAAAGAGUUAUGCACAAUCGUAUUACAAAUUUUUUAGAUCGUUUAGAUAUCUUAUACUGUUGCCAAUUUGGAUUUCGUAAAAAAUAUUCUACAGCGCUGUCUUUAAUUCAUCUUAUUAAUAAAAUUGCAACUGCUAUUGACAGAAGCGAAUAUACAGUUGGCAUAUUCUUAGACUUAUCAAAAGCGUUUGAUACUUUAGACCAUCAAAUACUCUUGUCUAAGCUUGAGCAUUAUGGGAUUCAUGGGCUAGCACUUAGCUGGUUGAAAAGCUAUUUGUCAAAUCGCGUGCAGUUUGUCCAGUACAAAGAGACUUGUUCUAUUAGGCUGACUCUGAGCUGUGGAGUCCCUCAAGGUUCUAUAUUAGGACCAUUAUUGUUUGUUUUGUAUAUCAAUGACCUCCCUUGUGCUACUCGUCUUGCUGAAACUAUGCUUUUUGCAGAUGAUACUAGUGUGUUUUAUUCUAAUCCCGAUUUAAAUUGUGCUAUUUCUGCCGUAAAUAAUGAUUUAUCUCAAAUUGAUCUUUUUAUGAAAGCAAAUAAGCUCUCUGUUAACAUAACGAAAACUAAUUAUAUCAUUUUUGCAGCAAGGCAAAAACCAGUCGGCUUCCCAAUAAAUCCUGUCUUGUACGAUGAGGUUUUAUUAAAACAAGUAAAGGUAGUUAAAUUUUUAGGGGUUUUUAUCGACGAGCAUCUAACGUGGAAGCCGCAUAUUACUUAUAUAUGUAAGAAAAUUUCAAAAUCUAUUGGCGUCAUGUUUAGGUCUCGUUUCUUUCUUUCUGAAACAACAAAAAAGUCUCUUUAUUAUACCUUAAUUUAUCCUUAUUUAACAUAUUGUACCACAGUUUGGUCCUCCACUUAUGUAACAAACCUUAAUAGAAUUUUUCUUCUACAAAAGCGAGCAGUACGAAUUAUUACAAAUGCAGAUUUUCGCGCGCACUCUGAACCAUUAUUUUUCCGUUUAAAGAUUUUGGACAUAUACAACAUUAAUUCAUUCUAUACUGCACAAUUUAUGUUUUCAUAUUAUCAUCAAUUACUGCCACCGCUUUUUUCGAACCUUUUUGUUACUAGUAGCAAUAUUCAUAAUUAUAAUACUAGAAGUUCCUCGCAUUUCCGUUCUCAUGCCUGCCGAACUAACACCAAACAAUUUUCUAUUUUGUUCCAAGGCCCUAAAAUUUGGAAUUCUUUACCAAACUCAGUCACUUCGAUUUUUACAUUGCAAUCGUUUAAAACGAAAGUUUUUGAUUUUCUACUAUAUCGAUAAUGCGUCUUGUACUGUCCGUUGUUGUGUGUUGUUAUAGUUCUAUUGCUUAAUAUUAUUGUAACGAGGGGGCCUCCUCGUACAAGCCUUGUGGUUUUCUGAGGUCCCCUCGCCACAUCUUUGUAUAAUGUAAUGCUUGUGUAAUCUUUAUUGUGGGAAAAUAAUAAAUAAAUAAAUAAAUAAAUAAACUACACCGAACUACACCAAUUACAGCUAUUACAUCAACUAUAGCAACUACACUAACUACACCAACUACAGAUACUACACCAACUAAAGCUACUACAGCAACUACACAUACUACGACUACUACAUCAACUACACCAACUACAACUUAACUACACCUUCCACAGCAAUUACACCAACUACACUAACUACAGCGACUACACCAACUACACCAACUACAGCUACUACACCAACUACACCAACUACACUAAGUACACCAACUACAUUAACUACACCAACUAAAGUUGCUACACCAACUACACAAACUACACCAACUACACUAACUACAGCUACCACACCAACUACUGCAACUACACUAUUUACACCAACUACACCAACUACACUAACUACACCGGCUACACCAACUACAGCUACUACAGCAACUACGCUAACUACAGCAACUACAGCUACUAUACCAACUAAAGCAACUACACUAGGUACACCAGCUACACCAGCUACCGCAACUACGCUAACUACACUAACUACAGCAACUACAUCAACUACAGCAACUCCACUAACUACACCAGCUACGGCAACUACACUAACUACACCAACUACACAUACUACACAUACUACAGCAACUACAGCUACUACACCAACUACAGUAACGACAGCAACUACAGAAACUUCAGGAACUACACCAACCACACCCACUACAGCUACUACAACGACAGCAACUACACUAUCUACACCAACUACACCAACCACAGCAACUACACCAACUACGGCUACUACACUAACUACAGCAGCCACACUAAGUACACCAGCUACAUUAACUACACGAACUACACAUACUACACCAACUACACGAACGACACUAACUGCACAUGCUACACCAGCUACACUAACUACAGCAACUACAGCAACUACACAAACUGCCGUAACUACAGUAACCACAGCAACUACACAAACUACUGUAACUGCAGUAACUAAACAAACUACACUAACUACAGUAACUACACAAACUACACCGACUACAUAUACUACACCAACUACAGCAACUACACCAGCUACAGUUACUACACCAACUACAGCAACUACACUAACUACACCAACUAAAGCUACUAUAGCAAGUACAGCAACUACACUAACUACAUCAACUACAGCUGCUACACCAACUACAGCAACAACACCAACGACACCAACUACCCUAACUACACCAACUACAGCAACUACACUAACUACAGCAACUACAGCAACUACACCAACUAUAGCAACUACAUUAACUACAGCAACUACAGCAACUACACUAACAACACCAACUACAUCAAGUACAGCAACUACACCAACUACAGUUACUACUCCAACUACACCAACUACACCAACUACAGCUUCUACGCCAACUACACUAACUACACCAACUACAGCUACUACACCAACUACAGCAACUACACUAACUGCCCGAACUACACCAACUACGCUAACUACACCAGCUACACAUACUACACCAACUACACUAACGACACCAACUACAGCUACUACACCAACUACAGCUACUACACUAACUACACCAACUACAGCUACUACACCAACUACACCAACUAAACCAACUAUACUAACUGCUCCAACUACAGCAACUACACCAACUACAGCAACUACUCUAACUACACCAACUACACUAAUUACAGCAACUACAGCAACUACAGCAACUAGACUAAAUACACCAACUACACUAACUACACCAACUACAGCGACUACACGAACUACAGCAACUACAGCAACAACAACAGCUACAGCAACUACGCUAACUACACCAACUACACUAACUACACCAACUACAGCAAUUACAGCAACUACGGUAACCGUAGUGGGCUGAGUGGUCAUGGAAUGUCAUGUGUCUAUAUUCGUGACGGUUAUCAUGAACCCAGGCAGUACGGAAAUCUUAGCACGUAUAACACAUCUCUCGAGUGCCAAUUAGAUAUAUACUGACUCUAUUUGUCCAAAAUAGGUUAUUUUAACAUAAAACUUUUCUAAGGGCUUUCAUAACAUCGUUUUAAGUUUUACGCACAAACCGACAAGAUACCCACAGUAUUAUACUACCAUGCAGCAGUAAGUUUUUGCCCUUGACAGACGAUGUGGUCUGUCCUCUUUCUUGUGAUUUUGCUGAUUAAAUUUGCUUACUAUUCAUAAGCUAUUAAUUCACUCAUCGUCAAUUUGACUAAUGGCAGAAAUAAUAUUCGGCCCUAGAUGAUAAAUUUUCAUCCACCCAAUUUGCAUAUGGCAGGGACUGAAAUUUUUGAAGCAUUAUUUGGUAAUUUAGAACUCAUUUGGAGGGGUAAGGAGAGCUCAGUUCAGGGAACUGAGUGGGGAGGGGGGGGAAGGGAAAGUUGAACUCUUUUUCUCUUUUUUAUAUUAUAGCGUCACUUAAUAUAACUUGAAACGGCUAGGGCUGGAAUUUAUGUCUGUCCCUUAUGGAUAAAAAUAAACAAACAAACACCCAAAAAAGGAAACAAAACAAAAAGCAAAAAAUAUAUUUCAGGAACUGGUUCAAAACCAACGAUGGUAAGGGCAGCGAAGACAUUGCUAACUGUGAAUUCUUUUCCUGUUUUAAUUACUUAAUCAUUCUUUUUACUCAAAACUUGGUGGGUAGUCAAAGUAUUUAAUUAUGGCGUUUAAAGAUAUUUUCUUUUUCCCAAAGACCUUCAGUCUGAUAAAUUUUGUUUUUCUUAAGGAAUGAUUGAUAGUUCUGGGUUGCGGUUUCACUACACUAAACAGUUAAGAAAAUACGAGUCGGGAAUACUGAUGAUUGGAGCGAACGUAAACUGGGGAAUGGUGAUUCCUCCGAGGCAGAAAGACUGGGAAAUAAACGGCUUCUGUAGCUCAGAUUGCACCCAAAAGGUACUCCAUCUACCGAUAUUUGCUUUUCAAUGCAGUAAGGACCUUGCUUGUCCUACAAAUUUAUAACUAAGAAAUUGCAUUGGCUUUGUUGAUCAGGAGGCAGCUAAUUUAGAAGACUUAAAUCAGCGUUGUUAGUUGGAGUUGUUGCUGUUUUUUUUCUUAAAAUGUAUAUAGUAUUUAUAUUAUAUAUAAAUAUAUAUAUAUAUAUAUAUAUAUAUAUUUUUUUUUUACAAACAUAAAAGCAUUCUUUAGGUCAUUAUUCUGAUUAGGCCUUCAAAAACUUGCGGUCAAUUCAGUAAAACUUUUACCGUGUGAUUUAAGAGUAUAGCUAUUGCUCUGCGAUGCUCUAAAACAAUUAGUUGCCCUUUAUCUUACACUCGUAAAAUAGAAAAAAAAGUUAUUUAAUUGAGCUCGCUUUUUUUUUCUAUGCGCCAGCAGCUGGCACGUCGCCCCGUCCCUUCCCAAUUAGGGAAAGCCCUUACAAUAGAAUAUCAAUCAGAGCCAGAACAAGCAUGCAAUCAAAAGAGCAAAGUUACUGUAGCGUAAGUCUAAUAAGGUAGUAAAGAGGUGUGAGGUCACAAAAAUUCCAAUUCGUGAAAUAAUGAGAUUGGUUGGGAUAUUCUCAAAGAGGGAGAUGAAAGAUGCCCACUUGCCGAACUGGCGUGUUAGUGGAAAUUGAUAUGAGAUAUGCUCUGAUGACUCCGUACAAAUUCUUCUUAAAUUGGCUUGGAUCCAUCGCAACGUUUACGAUCCAGGUCAAAUUUAGAAGGAUCUGUAUGGAGACAUCAAAGCAUAAAGUUGCAUAUGGCCCACAAGCGUGCAUGAUUUUCGUUCUGGUAACAUGUAGCAUCAUCUUUUUUUUGAUCAGUGAUCAAACAUUAGAUCUUUUGUGUUUUCAAGUGGAUUUUUAUAGUCAGAAAAAAUCGAAAAUAUCAUAUAUAUUAUAAUAUUUUACAGCUGUUGAUAAAAGUAAUUAAUGCGUUUACUGAAAGCGGUGAAGGUUUCCCUAAUUUUCUUCCAUGUAAUAUGUAUAUAUAUAUAUAUUUUAAGGGACUGAACGAAACCACGUUACCUGAAGGAGGAAUCAACGUAUUUUCGGCGCUGUUACAUACACAUCUAGCCGGUAAGUUUUAAUAGAGGUAAGAUAGACUGCCACUUUAUAAAAGACGAGCAAAUAUACCAUUUUCAUCUCCAAAAACUUGAAGAAUACAGUGAGUACGUGAUAAAAUGAAGCCAGAAAUGCUCAGAUCAGGGGCACCCAACGACGAAUGCAUUCUAAGAGGCGCUGUAAAAUUUGUAUCUGUUCGUUGAUCCUAGGGGAACCGGAGUCUUUUCGAAAUUACAAGGGCUUCAAUAUUAUCUUCCCGAAAAUUUUAGAUGCAAUAUGAAGUAUCACGGAAGUGAGACAUUUUCUCAUUUCUCUCUCCAUCGCAUUUUUUAGUCCGAAAAGUUUAGGUUUCCUUUUUUCUACGAAAAAUAAGCUAACUUGGGAAGUGAAAUGUGAAAAUUAAAGAUCAGAAAAUCAUAGGGAAUUAAUUUGUUAGAAAAACUUCCAAAAAUGAACAUGAAUGGAAAGGUCAUCUAGAAAUUUUCAUCCGGCCUGAAGUAAUAGACAGUUCUAGGCAAUAUUUGCUUCUCCGAACAGAUAUUUUACCGAAAACAGUCGUUAGGUGCCAUUGUCAUAUCAGACAAAACGGGAGCGACAGAAGCCCUAUCUGAGUUCUAAACGUAGGGAUAAAAUUUCACGGUCUUUGGUCCACAGGUGGCCCCAGCCCACGAUUCUUAAUAUUAUUAUUGUUGUUGCGUCAUAUUAAUUGACUGAAGGAAAAAAAGACGGCAGAAUUUCUUACCUUGAUUUCAUUUGUCAGUUUAUUGUGUUGUUCUGGCAUUUGCGGCCAUUUCACAGCAAUUGUAGCAAAAGAGUUUCAGUUGUACAGUUUUUCUUUCCCCCAGUCUUAACCCCCUUCAGACCGCCGAGCAAGAGGGGCGCCUUUGGAGCCCCUCCCCCCCCGGCUAAAAAGUUGAAUAACUUCAAAACCGUCGAAGCUAGGACCACCAAACUUAGUGCCUUUUCCUAAAAUCUAUCUGGGAGCAUUUUAAAGUCAUCGUGACGUGUACGUCAGCAUUGAUGUUACCAUCAAUCAUUUUAUCAAAGUUACUGCAACUUUUAAUGAAAUCCAGGCUUCUUAGUGACCAGUUUGAGAAAAAAACAUGAGUUCAAUCAGGAGCCGAUUAUAUGACCAGAUAGCAGAUGUUGAGUUAAAUUUUAAACGGUGUAAAUUUCUCUCGGAAUUUCAUAUUUUGCUCGUUUUUUUAUUUGUCUUUUAUUUGUUUUGCUUGCUAAACAUCCUUUUAUACUCAGAUUAUUAAGUGUUCUGUUAAAAAUAACAUGAUUUAUACGGGUUUCAACUAAAAUGGAAUACAUAAAAAAUAACUAAAAAUGGCGCAUCAAAGAUGGCAGAUGCUUCCAGUUCCUUUUUGGUAAUUAAUGACGUCAUCAUGACAUCACCGUUAUUUUUAAAGACCAUUUAUGUCUUCGCCAACUUACUUAAUUUUAUCAGAGACCUUACUAUUUAAGUAUUUUUCGCUUUAUGUCUACCUUUGGAUUCUGCCAAUAAAUUGAACAAUAUGACGUCAUAAUGACGACGGAUUACGGCAUUAUGUCAAUCAAGUUAUGCCUAGAAGUUGGAAAUGAUGAGUAUAUUAUUGUGUGUAAUUUUGGUGGCCGUAGGAUGAAAGGUUUUGAAGUUAUAGUUAUGGCGGAGCUCCACGCGCCCGCGAAGCGCGCGCGUGAACGGAGCCCCAUAGCUUAGUAAAUCUACCCAUCCCAGAAAAUUUGGUAACCACGUGACCGUACACCGACCGCCGACCGACCGUCCGACCGCAAAACAGGACAACCAACGUUUACUCUCACACUUUUAAGCUAGUUUGGGAGCCCAAGAGAAAACUAAUUGCACAUCAAUGUUGUGAUCAAUUGACAGCUGUCAAAACAGGGCAUCCGCUGACCAGUAUCACCUGACCGUAGCGGGGUCUCAAGUGUCGACCCAUCGAGGUCGAGUAUUUUUUUGAAGUUAUCCGCUGACAAAUUACCAGUUUGAAAUGAUCGCAGGCUCAAGUUUAUUUUUUCCAAGGAUUCAUAUCAAAUAUGUUGUGUUUAUGUCACUAUGGCCCCGCACUAUCAGGAUUUUGAUUUCAAACUGACUUCGGACUUCAGCCAGUUUUCUUAAAAGUACAGGCGGGGAAGACCUUAUCUUACCAUGGUCACGCGUUGGUCACGCUCUACGUCCAAUUCUUAUACUCUGAUUGGUCAAAAUUUGACAGGUGAGUUCAUGCGAAAAAAUUAUGCAGCAUCUUGAAAAUUGUUUACUUUGACAGCUGAAGCUGAAGAGUUUUGUGUCAACUUGUGAUGUUUUUAACUGUCUUUUUCUUCUGGAUGUACAAAAUGAAAUACAGCUGCUAUCAAGAGUCUCCUGUUAUUCAUGGCUGGUUUGUUUAUUGGGUUUUUGGUUGAGAAACGCGUCGCUUGUCGAAAUUUGGUAAUUCGAUUUCGGAUGGCAUUGUUUUCGUUUUUCACCUUGCUUAAUGCGUAAGAGGGUUUAAAAGUCUCAAGCAACUGUGGCCUUCCUUGAUAGCUUUCAGGAACUGAAUCUCGAAUGGUAAUUUGUAUUUGUAUUUGAUGUUUGUGUUUGUUGUAUCUAAUUUCAUGAAGUCUUGCACAGUUCACGCUGACAGUUUAUGCGGCAAGUUUAUGCACGUUUGUAGCCGUAGUUUGAGUCAAUGAUCUGACCUAGUAUCAGGUUUGAACGGUUUGAUAUAAGCUUACAGAACUUUAAAAAGCCUUCAGAUAUAUUUGCUCACCACAGAUAGAAAGAAAACGUUCCGAAGAAUAUUUAGUUAUAAAUUUGGCUGUAGAAAGAAAAAUUUGAGCGAUUUUCUUGCUUCGAGGAGUUCACCUUGGAAAACAGUAAACACCCGCGCCGGGAAGCCGGCUUAUAAAGCUUCACGCCGAGACUCAGGAUUUUUAGAGACACUUUAAUACUUGUCUUCAUGAAUGAAAAUUGUUAUCUCUCUAAAUGUUUCACCGAAUUAUAUUUCUUUUUUUGAUUGUUAGUAGUCUCUCUUGCAAUUUUAAUCGCUUGCCUGUGCCAUCGGUUUUCAUCGUUCAUGAACAUCGCUUGCAGGAGUACUCAAAAAUGUCGCACGUAUCAAACGCUUUAUAAGAUUGCAGAUCGUUAUAACUGAAACCAUUAAAUAACAAAAAAAUAAUAAUAAAUUCGCUACUACGUUGAAGCUUAACUCUAUUAAAGUUCAUUCAAACACUCGACCACACUGACAGCUCGCACUAUAGAAACGAGAACCGGCUGGCCAUAUGGGUGAUUUUGGAAAUUUUUGAACGGUUUCGCUUUACGAUUGAUCGUCCUGAAUAUUGACUGAGUGCAAUUUGUCUUGAAAAAUUGUGAAAUACUGCAUUCUGUCCGAGAUCUGUAUGAUAAAUAGUACUGUUUCACCUCAAAUGUGAUGUAUAAAAAUGAUAAAAGGUUGGUUUAAACACCCCCAGAUUUGUUGGCAAGAAUUUGUAAAGUAAACCUGUCGAACGCAAAAAAAUUCGGCGUGAUUUGUUUUCCAAGAAUUUGUUUUCGAGGCCUAAUCUACUGUUAUUUUGAAUGUGAUCGAAGAUGUUUGCUAUUUUUUUGGUGUACAUAUAAGGUUAUCAAUUCGAUGUAAGAUGUUUCACUCUAAAAUAACUUAGCCUUUCCCUCAAAAGUCACAUGAAUGUGCCCUUAAGUUUUAUGAUUUGUGGAUUAAAAGUUUAUUUUUUGAUUUAAAUUAUAAAUUUAUUAAUUGGAGCUUCGCUUUUAGGCCUGGCUAAAUCUAUAUAUUACGGAUGUAAAUGGUCCAGAUUUUCCAGUGUCGCGCAUGCAGUGUUUGGCCAAUCCUGAAAUUAAAGUAGGAAAUACUCACCGAAAAUGUUAGCCCAAAUCGGAUAAAAGAACAACCAUGUUAGUCCAAAUCGGGUCGAAAACAAAACAUUUUUACUCAGCACUCGGCCACUUGGAUUAACAUCACAUCGUUAUUACAUGUUGUGGCAUCUUCCCUCGAUUCCACACUCCGGCCCAGUCCCUCUCACUCGUUCUUAGUCCUCUACACAAACUAUCAAAAAUCGACUAACACUGGCGUGAAUCAAGGAAUGGCUCCUGACUGAUAUCUGGCUUUUACCGUCAUUUUUCUCAUUUUGUUUCGCACUCCCAGGCUUUAUCCAAUUAUCCCCUCAUCAUGUUCCAUAACGCAAAAAAGCAGCCACGGUACCCCUACGAAGAAGGUUCAGGGUGGUUUUUGUACCACUGCCUGUUCUAAGGCCUUUUUUAUUAGCUGACCAUCGAGGCUGCUUCUGCGAAUAUGCCUUAAUUUCCUUUUUCAAUCAUGAAUACAAAGGUUUUUGAAUGUGUCAAAACGGCCAUUCAUGUUGGAAUUUCUUGGUUUUUUAAUUCAAGCUGACAGACGAGUUGGUGUGUUACAACAUUCCUUCAUUUCCUUAACUACUAAAAAAUAAUACAGUUAGCCAAAUACAGUCAUAAAUUUGUGAUCUCAAGUCCCGACAUGAAGUGUUGAAUCGCUGAAUACAUUGUUUGCUUCUUGGUGAUAAAUGCAUUUAUUAUUUUGAAGGGCGUAAAGCUUUUCUUCGACACGUUAGAGGCGGAGUCGAACUUCCUGAAAUUGUAAGAGAUGACAAUUACGACUUUAACUUCCAGGUAAGUAGGAUUAUUAAGCCUAAGUAAUACUAAGCCUACGAAACGAACAGAAACAGCCUGCGGCCAAAAAAACUCCCCUUUUUAGAUUGUGAAUGUACGCGUCAGACCGGGAAAAAGAGAAAGUACUGGGGUUGUUUUAUCAUUUCAUUAACUACAAAGGGUCAUUUCUUUUAACAGGAAUAUCAAGUUUUGAGUAAGGAAGUUCACAUCGCUCCGGUAAGAAACUUAUAGUGUCUGUGGUUGUCGUACAUGUUUUGUAUGUAGGUUUACUUCGCCUUUAGUGUAUUCUCGCUCCUUUUAUAGAGGCUACUCACUCUUUAAAUACUGCACGAGUUCCUAUUACACCGACCAUUUAAACAUAUUUAAAUAGUGUCUCAAGUUGAAACCCUGCCCCUUGAAAAAGCACAUUGUAUUUUUUUUUUCCUAAGCACGAAAACCCCAGAAAGGUACGGAAAAAAAUAACACUGUUCGUGUUAGCUAGGUUGCUGUCGAGCGGCAAGCUGGAUCGAUGUUGUGUCAAACUGCACCAUGGGACUUUCUUGGUCUUUUUUGUGAUCUCGAACAACAUUGCUCUUUCCACAACAAGAAAAUCAAUUGCCCUCUAUGGUGACUUGCUGAAAAAUUCGCAGUUGUUAUGGUCGCUGUUUAGUUUGUUGCAGCAUUACCUGUAUCAUUCCGAUGUUGCUUUUUGGACUGCUCUUCAUUUUUCUCUAAACGUUUACGCGUGACUUUUUAGCUGCAAUUCUCCCAUUUUCCAUUUCUGCAUAUAAUCUUACCGUAAAAACCUUAUUCUAAGACAAGUGCAACUUCUAGUACGAGAUGUUUUCAAAUUUAAGUAAUGCGCCUCUCUUGAAUCAGCCUCGGUGAGAAAGCCUGGAAGCCGUCGUCAUUGUACAACGAGUUUUGGCGAAAAUGUCGUAGUGGCAGAAACGAGUUAUCAAAUGUUAAAAGUGAGAAUAGGUGGGCAAAAGCGUAACCUUCUUCAGUAAAAAUAACUGUGCAACAGUUUCAUCAGAAAAAAGGUAGAACGAAGCUUUCCGGGUUGUCUAUGUUUUGCCUUGGAAAUCUCGUCCUCGUAGUCAUCCUCGACAGUCUCUAGUGUCUUCAACACUUCGAACGGGUUCUUAUUUGGCCUUGGUGUUUUAUUCUCUGCAACUUCUGUGUUCCGCCAAGGCUUUCUUGAUCCGUUUUUAAUUUCCAAUGAUUACAUUAGUUUAUUAAUUUUCUUCUUGACAGUUGCCACGGCUUUUUCAGUCAUAGCUUUUAUUUCGGGAGAGGAAAAAACGCAGGGCCCUGCUUCAUGCACUACCCUGUGACCUGAAAAGGAGUAGCCGUAAAAAAAAAAAAAAAAGAAAAAAUGUUGGUCGAUGAGAUACUUUAUGUACUUUCAGUACAUGUUAGGACAGUUAUCAAUCUCGGAGAAUGCAAAAGAAUGAACUAAAAUAACAGAAGAAUAUAUCUGCUUCUAUUUUUUGUCAAACAACUGGUUUUUACACUAACAAGUUUUUCUGGCCGGAUAUCUUCGAAUAUUUUGUUCAUUGAAGUUUAACGGACUAUGAUAAGCUCCACGUGUGUAACGAGGCAAUCGUCUUCUGAAAAUGACUAUAAAACUAUAACAAAGACGUUUUUAAGAGAUACUUGAUUAAAUUUGGCCUUACAAUCGAUUACAAAAUGAAGACGCAAAAUAGGAACUUUUUAAAAGUACACGACCUUGCUAAAUAGUUCAUGACGUGCGUGUUCAUGCUGCUACUUUCCUUGACAUCCCGGGCUGGGGCAUCCGUUUGAGGAUAACGGGUAAUUUGAUUAAAGCCUUCCGUUUGAGGUGGUCAGGGGUUUGUGAAAUGCAUCGAACUGUAACAAUCGGAGAGCUGAGAAGCUAGAAUAAAGUAAAGUUAUGUACAUCGUAAUGUUUCAUCAUGUUAAUAAAGUAUUUAUUUGACCAAAAGUGAUUUUUAGGGCCGUAAACCAUCUUAGAUACUCCAUGCAUGGAGUAGGGCUCCGCGUUUUGUCUUCUCCCUCCAUAUCCCGCUAUUUUCUUGAGAGUCUUUUCUGUCAAUGUCAAUCAAAUCUGUGUCAGUCCAACCUGUCAGACACUCUUUGCUAUGUAUUUUCUUGCUCAAAAGCGUCUAUCGUUCUCUGACAGAAUUCUUUGUCAUUCUGAAUCAGGGAAGUAUGGAGGCUGUUUAGAUUUUUCUCUGUUUAAUCCAAAAUUUGGCCCCUUUGAUGCAUCUUUCUUCGCCUUGAAUGGUUUAAGAGCGAGAAUCUCUUGGGAAAAAAAUGGCAUAUCGUUCAGUCCAAUCCAUGCUUGAUCAUAUCCAUUUUUUCUUGCUGCAAGAUCUAGACAAUACAUCUACAUUAAUUGGUCUUAACGGAGUUAGGAAAAGAAAUGAAGAAAACUUACAGAGAGCAAUAAAUAUUUACGGCACACUUUUCCGCCGAUCAAUGCAUAAGAAAGAAACAUGUUUUUCGCGAAUUUAUUCCUCGAAAAUAUACAGUUCACACAAACGAGUUGAAAAUGUAUUAGCUUCAUAAUAAGUCGAGAAAAUUCGGAAAUUGUGAAAGAAUCUUUCUUAAAUGAAAAUAAUUUACUCACGUCUUGGACGAAACGGCAAACACUAUUUUUUGACGUCUCAGACAACACUGGGCUAUGGUGGGAAUUCUCGUUCGAAGGCUACCGGAAGAAGGUCAAGACGCAUUAUGAACGUCCGCGCGCCGUUUCAGACAUCCCCCGUAUAAGGCCCCUUUUGGUUAAUACAAGGUUGUACUGACGAAGCUGGUUCUAAGUUAGUCCCCCCAAACAGUCCCGUAAUGCCAUUCGACAAAACACUGAACCAGUCUCAAAAUGGGCAAUUUAGUACUUUACAAUUGCUUGCAUUUUCCUCUCUUGACACUUGCCCGUUUAUUUAUUCAUUUGUUAUCUUGCAGGGCGAUGCCUUGAUCAACGUCUGCAUUUAUGAUACUAACGAUCGGUUCUUGGCGACCAUUGUAGGUUAAUGAUAAUAAAAAACACACACACGCAACAAAACAAACAAACAAACAACCAAAAGAAAGAAAAGAAGAAAAUUUUCACUGAUUAUAUGGAUGUUUGAACUAGAGGACUACACAGAUAGAAAAUGUUACUCACAAUCCCAGGGGAAAACUCGCACCCUGUAAAAACAACUGCAACACUGAAAAACACUUUUAUAAUUGCUACUGAGAGUACAGUUAACGUUCUCUAUGCGACUUUCGUUGAUAGUUGUUGUAACUAGAAGGACCUAUUAAGUUGCAAUAACUUUUCAGUUAACCUUGCAGCUUUGUCAAAGAUCGUGUAAUUUUUUUACUUCCUUAUUUAACCUGUAACAUAGAGUAUCACGUUGUCAAUCCGGCAUACUAUUACUGGUAAUCGCAAAAUGUUUGUUACUCCUAUGUGCUUUUUUAGAGUAUGAAUUAUUUACAGGUCUUAACAGAGAUUGGUCUUGGUGUAUAAUUCUCACUUUUACUAUAUUGAAGCCACCUUAAGUUGAUUCUGUUUAUACAGUUUAAUAGGUUCUUUUUGGUUCUUCUUUUCUCUCAUUUUUUUAGGGAGGGUUUUCCACUUAUGAAGAAAUGUGCUUAACGUUGGUUUUGUAUUACCCCAAAGUCGCUCUGUCAAGAUGCACUUCAAGUGAAUGGCCAGCGGUCUACAGCUGGGCUGGAAAAUAUGUCAAGUAUGCAUAA